GCCCUCGGCGGGGCGGGAGGCGCUGAGGGGCGGCGGCGCGGACGAUGCGCGGCUCUCGCUGAGCGGCCGCCGCCUCUCGCCGCGGGAUGAGCGCCUCGGCGGCCACCGGCGUCUUCGUCCUCUCCCUCACCGCCAUCCCCGUCACGUACCUCUUCAACUGCCUGGCGGCCGGCGGCAGUUCCUGGUCAAUUGUUGCAGUUGGAUUACUGGUUCUGGUUUUUAUUGCUUUGUUGGCUCGUGUUCUUGUCAAAAGAAAACCACCAAAGGAUCCGCUGUUUUAUGUUUAUGCUGUAUUUGCCUUUACCAGUGUAGUGAAUCUAAUAAUUGGGCUGGAACAAGAUGGAAUUAUUGAUGGAUUCAUGACUCAUUACUUGAGAGAGGGUGAACCAUAUCUGAACACUGCGUAUGGCCAUGUGAUCUGCUAUUGGGAUGGCUCUGCUCAUUAUCUGAUGUAUCUUUUGAUGGUGGCAGCUAUUGCUUGGGAACAAAGCUAUAGAACCAUUGGCCUUUACUGGUUGGGCUCCAUUUUCAUGAGCAUCAUUGUCUUUAUGCCUGGAAACAUUGUGGGAAAAUACGGAACAAAAGUGUGUCCUGCUUUUUUCUUGAGUGUACCAUAUAUUUGCCUUCCCAUCUGGGCUGGGUUCCGAAUUUAUAAUCAACCUUCAGCAACUCCUGAUACUCCAGUCAAGGUGGUUCAGGAAGUUCAGAAGAAAGGACUCCUAAGGCGACCAAUGGAUUUAAUGUUAGCUGCGUAUCUCGUUCUGGCAGCGGGGUUUUGCAUAUUCAGGGGCAUGAUUGCUCUGGAUUGCCCUGCUGAACUCUGCCGGCUAUAUAUUCAACUGCACGAGCCUUAUAUAAAAGAUCCUGCUGCCUAUCCUAAGCUUCAGAUGCUGGCAUAUAUGUUCUACUCCGUGCCAUACUACGUGAUUGCUUUGUAUGGCCUACUGGUGCCUGGUUGUUCCUGGAUGCCUGAUUUAACCCUUAUACAUGCUGGAGGACUAGCUCAGUCCAACCCUUUGCCAGAGAGAUGUGUAUUAAAGCACCUGCACUGUUUCACUUCCUGCUUUGCUAACAACCAUGGACAGAAUCAGUCCUUCGUGAGUCCAAAACAGCUCCUGCAGAAGCCCAAGUAGAGGUGCCAUUUGGCCAUCGUGUACUCCUCUGCACUACUAAAAUCCUGCUGUCCCUUUCUCCCGCUCUGCUUAGGAUUAAAUUGAUGUUCAUCUCCUCAGAUCUCACUCACUACAAAGUAAUUAAAUAAGAUUGGACACACGAUAGUUAACAUGAACUUCAAGCUGUUGCUUGAAAUAGCAGGUAACAGAUGGAGACAAAAGACAGUAACUACCCUGACACUUCUAUCUUUAAGUGUUUGUUUAUGCUAAAAAUAUGCUCCAGCUCAACAAGCUUGCCUUUGCUUAUAACCUUCCGUGUGAAUUUAACCUAUGCUUCAGAACUGCCCCCAGACCCAAGGCCAACUUUACCAAUAUUUUCUGAAAUCAUCAGGAGUUCUGGGGUUUGAAUCUAUAAGAUUAAAUUAAAAACAAGCAAAAAACAACAAAAACCGAAACAAAAAACAACGGAACAGAAACUAACACGGCUUCCAGAUUUUAUUCUCUGACUUUAUUUAGAAUGUCUGACUGCUGAUCGCUGAUGCCAAACACGAUGGUAGGUGGCUGCAGGUCCCACCCCCGCCUCUGGGCUGAGACCCAGCGCAGCACCGGGCAGCGAUGCACGGCUUGGUGGCUGUUUGCCUGGGGAAGGAUUACAGAGCCUGGUGCAUGAAUAAUCAUCCAUAACUGAGGGUGAAAUCCUAUACCUAAUGUAAAGAUCAGUGCUCUGUCCACAAAAUCACCCCCUGCCAUGACACCGAUAGCUCCCUUUCUUCUCUAUACUGAGUUAUGAAUGACCUUAGUUCAGAGUGAAUUUCCUCUCACUGCCAUACAAACAUAUGAAGGAUAAUUGAGGAAUAAAAGGGAAAUUGUCACAGGAGAUGCAUACUUGUAUGCGGAAUAUGCUGUCCAAACAUUUCCAAAAUGUUCAUGAACUUUACCUUCUUUUUUUCUUUUUUUCCCCAAUAUGCACAUUAUAUACACA